AUGACCAGUGAUUACUCAGCUGUUGACAGAAUCAUGUUGAGAUCAGGGCAUGGGUUUGGGCAUUUAAUGCUCAGGCUGUUGAUACUGGCAUCGUUGGUCUGUGGAAUCCUAGCUGAAUGUGGUGGCCUGUUAGUAUAUGAAAACUUUCAUCCGGUUGAUUCAGAUAAGAUAUGCAUCAAGCGCUAUAAAACUACGGAAUGUAUACAAUUUGUGAGGUCAUAUGACCAAAAAGAUUUACCAGCAGAUUAUCCCAGAAGGCCUACUGGCAUAGACAAACCCGAAGAUCUCCAUCUAUCUAGCAUUAAGUAUGUUAUUGGGCAAAAGGUCCACCCUGGUAUAGGUCUCAUAUGGAAAUCCCCUCUUUCAGUGACUGCCAGAGAAAAUUUGCUAGGAUUUUUGAUUGUGUGGCAUUCCAGAUUAUCCAACAUUCUUUUGUGCAAUCUUUUGCUUUUCAACACGUCCAAUGAAUAUUUAAAAAAAUCGUUGACAUUUGAGUACCAACUCCAAGUGCAGGAGCGGUCCCUCUUUACGGUAGAGGUACACAGUAUGCCAACACAUCCUGUCAUGGUUUCUAAUGGAUUUGCUGUUAGUUCCAUUGUGACACCAGCUAUCUAUUCACUUGACUCUGAAGAGGUGGACCCAGGAAAGUGGAUUCCAUACAUUACAGCCAGUGUCUUUGAUAAUGGCACUGUUAUAAUCAAGUUCACACUACCACCUGCAAAAUACCAUCUCACAAGAUUUCAAGUGAUGGUCUUUGAGCUAGGCGAUUUUGCUAACCCAGUUCACAGAGUUGACUACAGGCCUGGGCUACUUUCACCAGAAAACACCCAUGGAAGACAAGUUUUCCAAAUGAGAAAGUCAGGGUGCUACCGUGUAAUAGUUCGAGUAAGGGAGGAAGAUGGAAAUUGGCUGGUGGAAGGGAGAUGUCGCUGCUGGGCUAUUGUGUUAACACAUAAGCGAUGUGUGUCUUCCUGUGGAAGUGUGUAUGUAAAUCUGUGCCUGAAUGUAACUGGUGCUCCAAGCAUUAUCCAACCAGGAGGAAUCACCCGUGUUCCAGGGGUGCCAUCAGAAAGUCCCACCCAGGCAGUCAGUAGCAACAUGGCUGAGGCCGUUGUUACAGGAAUUAUUUCUGCAACACUGUUUCUCAUGUUCAUCUUUUGUAUUGCCUUCUGCUUGAAACAUGUCUGUGUAAAGAAAAAGCAUCGGAAAGGAAGUGGAAAACCUAAAGAUGUUAACAACAGUUGGUCUGAUUCUGAUCCAGCAAAAUCACAAGGUUGUGCUGCUGUACCACUGGCUGAGAAACUUGUCUACAUCAUAUAUGCCAGGGACCAUCAGCCGCAUGUGCAGCUUGUUGAGGCUUUGAUUGCAUUCUUGAAUGUACACUGCCAUUGUAGAGUGAUUUCACUGAUGCCCUUUGAUGGCGAUGAGUCAGAAAAAUACCAGUGGUUCCUCUCUAGAAUCAGCUCUGCGGACUACAUUAUAUUUCUCAACUCUAGGGCUGCAGAAAGCCUCAUUGUAGCUUACCUGAACAUGAAAUUGUGCAGAACCAAACCAGCCAGUCUGGAGGAUGACUUAUUUCUGCUUGGUGUCAGAUAUUUGAUGCAAAGUGAGAUCGUCCGAGAAAACAAGUUAAUUCUGGUCUCAUUUAAUGGGAAAUGCUGUCAGAAAUACUUGCAAGUCUCAGUGGUAUACACACUUCCCAACGAUCUGCUAGGGCUUCUACAGAAGCUCCAUAAUUUCAGCAAGGAGAACACCGAGGCUUAUGAUAAAUUGUUGCCCUUGUAUGUUGAGAACAUUCCUAGUCUGCCUGAAGGAGCCAGAUUACUGUCUGCAAUCAAGGCCGAAGAAGACUUUGAGGAGAGCAACCCAGGCUGGUUUCCUAAGAAAUUUGGGCUCUUAAAACUGUUAUCAGAAGAUGCAGGAUACUCAUCUGAUGUGACUUCUAACACUGGUGUAUCUGUUCAAGACCAGAUGCCCAGCGAAUGUGAUAGCCCAGGAUCUGACUUGGAAAAGCUGGAUUUUGCUGCCAGCUUGCAUGCUGAUGAUCCCACAAGACCACAGACUCCUCCACAUGUCCAAAGCUGUACAGACAGCUGCUGCCCAGAAAAAGAACUGAGCGAAAUGGAUCUGCCUGUUGUUGCAGAUAAAUUAAAUAUGGAAGGCAUUAUUGAUCAGUUUCAUAAACUGUCAAAGGUUUUGGAACAUGUUCAUAUGGAGACCAAGCCACUUGAUGGGGAAUCAUUUAUACCACCAGAGACCUUAUCAGAGAUCACCUAUGAUACUUACAGCACUGCACUAGCCCAGAUCAACACCCAUGGAGAAGUCCUGUCUCCCAUUACCCAGUCACAGAUUGACUGUGUUGAGAAGGGUAGCAACAAGGACCUGAUUUUAAAAGGUGCGGAGUUCAUCCCAGUGAAUGAGUUGAAGCUCAGUCCACCAGAAACUCUCUCUAAUGUACAGGAAGAAAAUAUGAGCGCUUGUUUCCGAGACAUUAAUGAAAGCACUGAGAAAUAUCUUAAUGGUAUUUAA